UAGAGAGAAUGCAGCUUUAACACACUUUGCUUCACCUCUCAGAAACUGAGGUUAGUUUCUAUGUAAAGAAAAACCCGUGUAGCAGGAAUCUUAGCCAAAGGUACUUUUUUUUUUUUUUUUUUUUUUGGGUCUGUUAUGAUCAAAGUUAUUGUGUGGUCACUGCUCAGCUAAUGUUGCACAGCCUCGCUUUAAGUGGGACUUGCAUUUAAUGCUAACGAGUGCUGUGUUGUGUCCUAAGCUGCUGCUGGAGCACCAGGCCAGUGGCAGGGUGGUGGUCUUGAUGGGCUCCACCUCGGACCUGGCUCAUUGUGAGAAAAUCAGGAAGGCCUGCACCUCCUACGGGAUCCCCUGCAUCCUGAGAGUCACCUCGGCACACAAGGGUCCAGAUGAGACGCUCCGCAUCAAAGCCGAAUAUGAAGGUGACGGCGUACCCACCGUGUUUGUGGCCGUGGCCGGCCGGAGUAACGGCCUCGGCCCGGUGAUGUCUGGAAACACGGUGUAUCCCGUCAUCAACUGCCCGCCUCUCACUCCAGACUGGGGGGCACAAGACGUCUGGUCCUCCCUGCGGAUGCCAAGCGGUCUCGGCUGCUCCACGAUCCUCUCCCCCGAGGCCGCUGCUCAGUUUGCCGCGCAGAUCUUCGGGUUGACCGAUCACCUGGUUUGGUGCAAGCUAAGGGCCUCCAUGCUCAACACCUGGGUGUCUCUCAAGCUGGCCGACCAGAAGUUACAGGCCUGCAGCAUCUGAGGCGCCUCAGGACCCGUUCAGGGCUCCGCUCCGUCAAAUGUCUUUCUUUACCAUGAAAAUCUACACACGGAAAUCAUUCCAUUAAAAAUAGAAACUAAUCAAAAGCUUCUGUGGUUGUUUCAUCCCAUUAGGGACCUUUGUGACGCGUCGUGGCAGGAGAACGUUCCAUUUAGGUGAUUCAGUUUCAGUGUCCUGGUAUUGCACUGGCUGACUCGCUGUCGUGGCUUAUUGGGAAACUUGAUGGCACCGAGCCAUCGCUGACAGAAUGUAGUUCCAUUUGUGCUUUUACCACCGUCACGAGUCAGAAUGUCUGCCGUCUGUUUCUGCACACUAACUUCCAAAAUUAUAAAAUGACUAAUCACUUAAAGCAAUAAUGAAACAUUUUGGGAUAUUCACUUAUUUGUUAGAGAAGAUUGAUACCUUUUUAAAGAUGUGAAGCUACAGCUGGUUAUCUGUCCAAUCAAAGGUGUGGAGUAGAGUCACAUGACUUAGAAUAGAGUGUGAACCAUAAAAUACUUGACUUGAU